UGCCAAUACUGUCAUGAGGAAUGGCGGCAUGCUCAGUGGUCCAGGUCGGGAGAGUAGUGUGUGGUGAGUGCCUUGAGGGACCCAGAUGAGAUUCUGGGUUUGGACGAUGUGAAGAUGUCUUGGGUUGUCUCUGAGCAGAUCACUUACCUUGAUCCCUUCCGAUGCUUCAUGAUCUUCGAAACAUAGCUGACUGUUAAUAGCAUCUCGACGGUAUGAGAUGGGAGCAACUGAUUUGUCUUACUCCCCUAAUCCCAGUCCCACAAUACCCUCUCUCACGAAGUAUCUCAAUUUGGCAAUUACGUUAUCUCCUUCCCCUGCAAACUAUUCAACACCACAAUGUCCCUAUUACCGCACCCUCCACUUCCUCUUCGCCUGCCACGUCCACCACCAUACCCCUCGCGAAGCCGCCUCCAUCCAUAUCUCCCGACACCUCUCCACCCUCCAGACUGCCCACAAUGCACACAUCCGCGCCUGCCACGAAACUCUGGUCCGCGAACUGCGCGGCGAGAACGCCUCAGUGUGGACAUGCCACGUCUGCUAGUACAGAAUAAUGUACUGAUCUUGAGAGAGGAGGGGGAUAAUUCGCUGG